AUGGCACCACGCUCCGCCUCCGCAAAGCCCAGCCAGAAGGCGUCCAGCAUCCCAUCUACCGUCCGCCUGACGCGCGCCCGCCGUGCCGCCUCAGCCCAGCCUAUCUCUUCCUCCGCGCCCGCAAAGCCCAUCGCGAAGACCUCCAACGCCGCGUUUGCCGUCCGAUCGACUCGUGCUCGCCGCGUUGCAUCCGCUCAACCUCUCUCUUCGACUUCCGCUGGAGUCCCUUCAUAUGCCAAGGCCACUAUCUCGUCCAAGAACAAGGUGGUGAAGAAAGAAGAAGCCAAGGACACGCGCUCCGUAUACGGAGACAAUCAUGCCGCAAAGGAAGACAGGAUGAUGGCGGAGCAAGCAAACAUCGCUCUGUCCAAGGGCCUUAUCGAUGAAGAGAUAUUCAGCAAUUGGAGCAGGCCUUGGCAUGUGAAGGGAGAAGUGGAGAUGAAGUGGAGUCAGGGCGUGCUCGAUAAAUACCAGCCUGAGGGCCUUCAGCCCGUGAUGGAUAUCAUGGACUUGAAGAAAGCAGAGCGCAUUGCGGCGAAGAAGGAUGCGGAGGAGAAGAAGUUUCUUGAGCAGUAUUUCGCGGGGAAGAUCGAUAUGAAUGGGAAUCCCAUUCAGGACGAGAGGGAGAAGGAGAAAGAGCAGGGAAGCAAGAAAGAAGCUCCCAAAACCAAGAAAGCUCCCGCCGCCAAGAAGACCGUCCUCCCGAUAAUCAUCGAAGAAGACUCCACCACUCCCGCUCCAGAAGCGAAGAAGAAGCCCUCCAAACUUGCUUCCGUGACUCCCCUUUCCGGCCUCCCUUCAUAUGCCGAAUACAACUACUACCAAUGUGCCGCAUUAUGCUUCGAGCGCAACCUAAUUUCAGGCGGAAACGCCGAAAUCCUUCGAAACCGCCUGAUCCAAGAUGACAUCAACGUCACGCGCAAUCUGCCGCGAGAAGCGAAGCCAUAUUCGCGCGAGACGAGGCGAAAGCGGGAAAACCAAGCUCCAAUAGUGGCGAAUGCACCAACAGCUCCCCCUGCUGUUUUCGCAGGGGCCAGGAAACGAAAGCGGGGAGAAGAUAGCGAAGAGGAUGAGGAAGAGAAGACGGGUAAGAAGUUGAAGCCUACGUAA